GGUGUAUUCCGAAAGACACGUAAUUUCGAGAGGAAAAACAUACGAGAGUAUAGCGGCAGGCAGUUCCUUCUUCACUUCGUAACGUAAGCUGAUUGACCCUCCUAGGACGAAUGGUGGUGGGCUAGUUGUACGAGGUUAGUUUGAAAUGGAAAAGGGUGCUGCUGCCAUGUCUUCACAACAUCAUGAAGACAGCAGAGAGGACACAUUGCCGCACAUUAUGAAGUUCAACCCUCCAGUUUCUCAACAAAGGUAUCGGGCAAUGGUCAAUUUAGUCCAGAAGUACCAAGCUAAAAAGGUGCUUGAUAUGGGAUGUGGAGAAUGCAGUCUUCUUAGAUUACUGAAGCGUAAAGAGUGCAUUGAACAACUGACUGGAGUGGAUCAAGAUGGCGACUUAUUACAGUCAAGCAGAUAUUUAGCCAAGCCCCUUCUCUGUGAGUAUCUCAUCCCACGCUCAAAGCCCUUCACAGUGAGUCUGUACGAAGGAUCCAUUGGUGAAAAGGAUGCACGGAUGCUUGGAUAUGACUUAGUGCUCUGUGUAGAAAUCAUAGAGCAUCUGUAUCCAGACACCCUCGCAGCAAUCCCGGAUGUUGUCUUUGGUUACAUGCAGCCUAGAGUGGUUGUCUUCACUACUCCCAAUGCAGACUUCAAUGUCUUGUUUCCGGACUUCACUGGAUUCAGACAUUGGGAUCAUAAGUUUGAGUGGAGCAGGGAAGAGUUUCAAUGCUGGUGUGAUAAAGUAGCCAAGGACUUUAGCUACAGUGUGAGCUAUGAUGGUAUAGGACCUGGACCCUCUGGCACAGAGCACCUAGGAUGCUGCACACAAAUGGCUGUAUUCACUUGCUUACUUCCACCACACGAGGGCAGCACACACAGUGAUGACAGAAAUCCCUACAACCUUGUUUGUGAAGUUAAUCACCCACAUCGAACAGAAACCAUGACAAGAGAGGAGCAGAUUUUAACAGAAGCUACCUACUACUUACAGAGGAUGUCACGUAGUCUGAGGCGGAGUGAGGCGGAUGAAGAGGACGCACCAACGGGAGACAGUUCUGAUGUCUUAGAAACUGAAAAAGAUGCUGAUGAAAAGAGAGAAUUUUCCAUCUCGUUGGAGACAAUGAUGAAGUUUUCCUGUUUGAGGAGAGUGUGCCCAAGUGUGGAGAAACUCAGGGAGGUUCUUUCUUCGAUGGAGGCUGUGACUCUUAGUCCAGAUGGAUCCUCAGUGACUUACUCCAUUCAAGAAGAGGACAGCUCAGACAGCGACUUCGCUGCAGAAGACGAGAAUGACUCUGAUGAACCUCAGACUGUUGAAGAGACCCCCCCCUUACAUCAAGAUGUUAGGGUGUCAUGGCAACAGGAGGAAUCAUGGGACUGAAGCCAAUUGGCGGCUACGUCUACGGCUACAUGUCGUAGAGUAUGUCCUAAGCAACACCCUUUAGCACCAGUCGUCGUCAUCUUGGCACAUUUGUAGGUGUACAGUACGUUCUGAACAACACCCUUUAGCAACAUUCAUCGUCGUAGCUGUAGACCCCAAUUCGGAUACGACUUGACUGGUGUAUGGAGAUGAAACAUGAUGAGCCACCUGAACAGGUAGUUGGUACUCUUCAACUGUACCAACUAAGACUGACUGACAUUCUACACUAUGACAACACAGCGAGCAAUGCAGACACGGCAUUACAGAACUGGCCGUCAACAUUGUUGACUGAUACAGAGGGUACUUUGUGAUAAAAGAAGCAGCGCCCUUAAUUGCCUCCGUCCAUCGUUGAUGGGACAUCUUGCCUUUCUUGUUAUGAUAAGAUAUAAGAUAUAUCUGUUAAUGAAAGAUGUUUGUUUUUUAUCAUUUUAAAAUCAAAUUUCCCUUAUUUAUGUUCAUGCAAUCCUUUUUUCUGCUAUUGAAACUUUUACAUUCAUGACCAAAGUUUACUUGUUCAUAUAACAAUUGUUUUUAUUCAAUAAUUUCAUUAAAUGGUAUUUACACUCUAAACUGGCCAAGUACCGCUAAUAUAACCCAUGUACAUAACUUUGUACCGGAGCUGGCCCCGAGUACUUUAUACAUCACAAACAAAUAAUUACACAAAGCAUCAAAAUCAUACCGAUGAAACAGUGUUUUUUUCCUUACAAAUCUGUUCUAUAACUGAGUUGGUUUAUAACAAAGUAUGACGGAGUAUAAAGAACGCAUGUACAAAGAAAAAAACUACACUUGAACCAACAAUAAUACAGUGAAGACAACAAACAUAUAUUGAGAAAGGAAACCAUGCUUCAAGCCUAGUUUAAAAGUUAGGAAUUAAUAAAAAGAUACAUCAAUUGAAAAGCAACAUUUAUUUUAUGGCAACAUUCAGUGAAGUAGCAUUGGUGAGACUCUAUGCAAAUGAAUUCUGGAAAUUGGAGAGGAAAUAUCUCUUGGGCUGGAAAUCAGGGUUUUCACCAUGCGUUGUGCCUUGAAAUUGUGUGGUUUUCCUUUUACUUUGUGAACUACCACGAUCCGCCAGUUUGUAGAGUAACAAAUUUAGUUCUAUAAAAUGGCUGAGGGUGUUAGUUCACAAAGUAAAACAAAAAACAUGCAACUUCAAAGCAUAUAUGAGUAGAUCGUUAUAUUCUACUUUUAAAACAUCUUUUCAACCAUAUUAAUUUUAUAGCAAACAUUUGUUAAUGCCGUAACUGAUCAAUCCGUGUCACUUUAAUACUUUGAUAUUCACACCUUUUGACUCUCAAGAAGUAGUUCAAGGCCAGCCUUGACCCCUCAUUAAAAAGAAAUAAAUUAACCAGA